AUGGUUGCAGAGGACAGGGAACUCUUCCUGAAGGGCCCAGCAACCCUCCACCCACCCACCCAUCCUCCACCCUCAUCCCCCAUCUAUCUAACCUCCACCCACCUAUCCGCUACCCAUCCACUCAUCCACCCAUCCAUCCACCCACCCAUCCCCCAUCCGUUUUCCACUCAACGAUCCCCCACCCAUCCCUCCAUCCACCCACCCAUCCUCCAUCCAUCUAUUCUCCGCCCAUCUGUCUUCCACCCACCCUUCCCUCCAUCCACCCACCCAUCCUCCAUCCAUCUAUUCUACACCUAUCUGUCUUCCACCCACCCUUCCCUCCAUCCACCCACCCUUCCCUCCAUCCACCCACCACCCAUCCUCCAUCCAUCUAUUCUAUACCCAUCUCCAUCCUCCAUCCAUCUAUUCUACACCCAUCCGUCUUCCACCCACACUUCCCUCCAUCCACCCACCCAUCCUCCAUCCAUCUUCCAUUUAGUUGUGGUGAUGGAGGUAGUGGUGAUGGUGGAGGUAGUGGAGGUGGCGAUGACAGAAGUGGUGAUGGGUGUGUUGGAGAUGGAGGUGGCGGUAGUGACAGUGGAGACGAAGUGA